CUUUUACAGCUCACAAGCACAUGAAAAUCUUCAACAUCCCCAGCAACUCCAGCACCUUCACUGGCUUCAUCCUCCUGGGCUUCCCUUGCCGCAGGGAGGGGAAGAUCCUCCUCUUUGUGCUCUUCUCCGUUGUAUACCUCCUGACCCUCAUGGGCAAUGGUUCCAUCAUCUGUGCUGUGCACUGGGAUCAGAGGCUCCACACCCCCAUGUACAUCCUGCUCGCCAACUUCUCCUUCCUGGAGAUCUGGUAUGUCACCUCCACAGUCCCCAACGUGCUGGCCAACUUCCUGUCUGACACCAAGAUCAUCUCCUUCUCUGGGUGCUUCCUCCAGUUCUACUUUUUCUUCUCCUUGGGUGCUACAGAAUGCUUCUUCCUGGCAGUUAUGGCAUUUGAUCGAUACCUGGCCAUCUGCCAGCCUCUACACUAUCCAACCAUUAUGACCAGACAUCUCUGUACCAAUCUCGUGGUCAGUUGCUGGGUACUUGGUUUCAUCUGGUUCUUGAUUCCUAUCAUCAUCAUCUCUCAAAUGUCCUUCUGUGGAUCCAGGAUUAUUGAUCACUUCCUGUGUGACCCAGGUCCUCUUCUAACACUCACCUGCAAAAAAGCCCCUGUGAUAGAGCUUGUCUUCAAUAUCUUAACUCCCCUGCCUGUCUUUAUGCUCUUUCUCUUCAUCAUGGGCUCCUAUGCUCUGGUCCUGAGAGCUGUGUUGAGAGUCCCUUCAGCAGCUGGGAGAAGAAAGUCUUUCUCCACCUGUGGGUCUCACCUGGCUGUGGUUUCACUGUUCUAUGGUUCAGUAAUAGUCAUGUAUGGGAGCCCAACAUCUAAGCAUGAAGCUGGAAAGCAGAAGACUGUGACUCUGUUUUAUUCCGUUGUUACCCCAUUCCUUAACCCUAUGAUAUAUAGUCUUAGGAACAAAGAUAUGAAAAAAGCUCUGAAGAAAUUUUGGGGAUCAUAAAAUGUUAAUGAAAAAGUCCUUGUGUAACUAAUCUCUUUAAUUUUGCAGUCUAAAAAAAACUGGUUUUAUACAGUUAAUUGUUCAUCUCACUGGCCAAAGCUAAAACACUUGUGAGCAUGUUUCUGUUAUUUCUUCUUUCAGAUCUUGAUUAUUUGCCCAGUCAUCUAGCAUGCCUUAAUGUUUUCUAAUUGAAUACUGGACAUUGUAUUUUAAAAACUACAAUGUGUGUGGUCAUGAAGGUUAAGUUUUCUUCUAGCCAGUAGAUGGAGUAGAGGCAGAUCACACUGAUUCUAUUUAAGCACUACUUCUAUGUGUUUUUAAAAUGGUCUGUGCUAGUUUCAGUUUUACUCCAAGGUUGUGAUUUUUGCUGCAGGAACAUAGCUUUUCUCAGACCUCAGGUGCAAAUCUGGAGUGUUUAGAAGACCCCUCCACUGCAGCUGAUUCUGGCCUCCUAUUUCAUUACUUCUUGAACCCCAGCACCUUUGAAACUUCUUCUUUGCUCUUUACACGCUCAGCUUUAGUUUCUGCUAGCUAUUUUGAGGUCUCGCCAUGUACACAUACAGCUUAGAAAUUCAAAAAUGCCUUGAAGGGAA